AUGUCGUUAAAAUUUCCAAAUCUUCUCUUUUUAGCGCUUCCUAUUCGCGUGAACGAGAAUCAACAAAAACCCUUUCGCAAAUUUUUACAUUCGUUGCCUGAAGGACCUCUAAAAGAGGCCUUUCAAGGUCCUCGUGUCUGUCAUUUGACAAUUGGAAUGAUUCCGGUGAAAUGCGAAGAUGAUCUGAAUAAAGUGCUGCAGUUUAUGGAAGACAAACGGGACGUCAUCCUGAAACAGUAUCCUCAAUCUCCUAUAACAAUAUCAUUACGGGGGACAGAUUAUUUCGGAUCGGAAGAACAACAUAGUCGUGUACUAUUCGCCGUUCCCGUCGAGUCAGAGAUUUCGACGGGCAAUUUGAAGCCCUUUUGCGAGUUUGUACGACAGCUUUUUGUUGACGGGGGCAUUAUUCGUGAUACAUCUCACGAAUUGAAUUUGCAUUGCACAUUGUUGAAUGUUCGACACAUGCGAAAGUUCGGAUACAAAGAAAAGUCGUUUGAUGCGACACAGCUUCUGCGUCGGUUUUCUUUGGAUUCGUGGACGUGGACGAGCAAUACGACGCUAGAUGAACUUUCUAUCAUGAAGACAGGGGCGAUUGGUCCAAAGCAUGAUAUGUUUUAUAUGGAAAUAGCGACAGUUUUGCUUCACCCAAAAGACUAA